CCUGGGCCCGGGGCCGUCCGCGGCGGUUCGGACACCCGAGCUGGGCAUCGGGCUGCGCCCCAGGCUCCAGCCCAGCGCGGAGACGCACUGCCUCUCCCGCGUUCCCAGGCGUGCGGAGGAGAGGGUCCCCGCAAGUUCGGGGGCCCCGCGAGUCUGGGGCCCCGCGUGUCCGGUCUCCGCGAGUCCCGGGUCUGAGCAGCCUCGGGGCGUCCGGCUGCUGCGGCCGCGCCCCGGGCUCACGGGCCAGAAGGGUGCGGGAGAAGGGACGAGUGCCUCCUGCGGGAAGAUGAGGAAGCCCGACGGGAAGAUCGUGCUUUUGGGGGACAUGAACGUGGGCAAGACGUCGCUGCUGCAGAGGUACAUGGAGCGGCGCUUCCCGGACACGGUCAGCACGGUGGGCGGCGCCUUCUACCUGAAGCAGUGGCGCUCCUACAACAUCUCCAUCUGGGACACUGCAGGGCGGGAGCAGUUCCACGGCCUGGGCUCCAUGUACUGCCGGGGUGCGGCCGCUGUCAUCCUCACCUAUGACGUGAACCACGCCCAGAGCCUGCUGGAGCUGGAGGACAGGUUCCUGGGCCUGACGGACACGGCCAGCGCCGACUGCCUCUUCGCCAUCGUGGGGAACAAGGUGGACCUGAGCGAGGAGGGUCCUGGGGAGGGCAGCCAGGAGGGAGGGUGUGGCCCCGGGCCAGCUGGCGGCGGUGGCUGCACGGCCCCCAGGCUGCCCAAGCAGGUGCAGCUGGAGGACGCGGUGGCCUUUUACAAAAAGAUCCUCAAGUACAAGAUGCUGGAUGAGAAGGACAUGCCGGCCGCGGAGCAGAUGUGCUUUGAGACCAGCGCCAAGACCGGGCACAACGUGGACCUGCUGUUUGAAACCCUGUUCGACCUGGUGGUGCCUGUGAUCCUGAGGCAGAGGGCCCAGGGGCCACCGCAGACAGUGGACAUCGCCAGCUCCAAGCCACCCACACAGACCAGACCUGGGUGCUGCACCUGACGCGCCCGCGCCCAGGCCCGGCCCCAGGGUGCGCGAUGGCCAGAGGAGCAGAUCGGGGGCGGGGCGGGGUCACUUUGUAGAACUGCUCAUGGCAUAGGAGACUGGGAGGAUAUGCCAGUCGGUUUCCAAGAGAAGGCCCACAUGACUGGCCCGCCGCCCGCGUAUAUCGCUGCCGGGGGAGGUGGGGGCGGAUGGAGGAGUCUCCUGCAAAGCCCGUCCUGGAGACCGUGGCCCCUCACUACCCCGUCCUAACACCUGGCCUCUGACGGAUGGUGUUUGCCUGUCUCAGCAUCUGUGUGACUUUCAAACAUUUCUCCUCACUGUGACUUAUUUUUGGUCCCACCGUUCGGUACUUGUGUCUUGAUACAUUGUAAUGAUUCUCGAUAAAUGUUAAUUUAUACAAAAUCAGGAAUCACUGUCUUUAUAUUGGUUGAAGCUGUGU